CUCAGUUCCUCUCAGAGGCAGCAGGGAGUCACUUUGCUGUAAAAAUGAGCACCAUCCAUUAAGCUCUGACUCUAUCCACUGAUAAAGGAGAGAUCCGGUGCGAGCAUCCGACCCAGCGCAGAGUCACGCAGACGACAGCACCGCCGCAUCUGUACCAACCUCUGGCUGCAGCUUACAAUCAGACCUCUUUCUCUCUCUCUCUCUCUCUUCUCUUUUUCUUUUCGUCCUGCCGCCGAACUGAGCACGGACCAGCGGACAAGUGUGCCUGUGGUCGAGCUGACCGGGGGCAGUGAAACAGGUAAAACAGAGCUCCUGUCGGCAGCCAGAAGCGCUCCCCCGAGUCUGGUGCGCACAUGGCCCCGAGAGCGCGACGGUCCCUCCGCUGACAGCCGCGCGUCAUGGAGCCACACGCUGGAUGACGAGGCCUUCUCUCUGAAUGGGCGGAAGACAGAACAUCGCAUCAAACCUUUUUCUUCUGAUUUGAGACUUUCUCUGGAAACUUUUUUUUUGAGGGGGUGGGUCGGUUGCAAAAGCAAACAAGCAAACAAACAAACAAACAAACAAAAAGGAGCCCGAGGAGCGCAGAGCCAUGCUGGGUUCCAACAGGAUUCUGAGCCUCCGCGCAACGCGCAGUCGGAGCUGCGGUGGCGCGCCGGGGGCGCGGCUCCCGCCCCGGUCUCCCUCCCGGUGCCGGACCCCCGGUGCCGGCUCGAGGAUUUACUGCGCGUGUCUGCUGCUGCUGCUGCUGGUCACUCCUCGGGUGGACUCUUCGUGGUGGUACAUCGGUGCGCUGGGGGCCCGCGUCAUCUGCGACAACAUCCCGGGUUUGGUGAACAAGCAGCGGCAACUCUGCCAGCGCCACCCAGACAUCAUGCAGGCCAUCGGCGAGGGCACCAAGGAGUGGAUCAGGGAAUGCCAGCACCAGUUCAGGCACCAUCGCUGGAACUGCAGCACGCUGGACCGCGACCACACUGUGUUUGGACGCGUCCUGCUACGGAGCAGCCGUGAGGCAGCAUUCGUCUACGCCAUCUCCUCGGCAGGAGUGGUGUAUGCGCUGACUCGCGCAUGCAGCCAGGGAGAACUGAAGACAUGUAACUGUGACCCACACAAGCGUGGACGGGCGGGUGACGAGCGGGGAGAAUUUGACUGGGGUGGCUGCAGCGACAAUAUCAACUAUGGCAUAAAGUUCGCCAAAGCCUUCAUUGACGCCAAAGAGAGGACCGUCCGAGACGCACGGGCACUCAUGAACCUACACAACAACCGCUGCGGCAGAACAGCAGUGAAGCGAUUCAUGAAGCUGGAGUGCAAAUGUCACGGAGUGAGCGGCUCUUGCACGCUGCGGACCUGUUGGAUGGCCAUGUCAGACUUCAGGAAGACUGGUGACUUCCUGAGGAGGAAAUACAACGGGGCCAUUGAGGUGACGAUGAAUCAGGAUGGGACGGGUUUUGCCGUAGCCAAUAAAGCCUUCAGGAAGGCAACCAAAAAUGACCUGGUCUACUUUGAGAACUCACCGGAUUACUGCUUGCAAGACAAAUCAGCAGGUUCCCUGGGCACAGCUGGGCGGGUCUGCAAUAAGACAUCUCGCGGCACGGAUGGCUGCGAGGUCAUGUGCUGCGGACGGGGCUACGACACCACACGGGUCAAGCAAAUCACCAAGUGCGAGUGCAAAUUCAAAUGGUGCUGCGCUGUGGAGUGUAAGGACUGCGAGGAGGCCGUGGACAUACACACCUGCAAGGCCCCCAAACGAGCCGAAUGGUUGGACCAGACCUGAGGGACACGCCCCCUCAUGCAACCCACCACCCCCCGACCCCUUAUGCGGCUCCACCCCUUUCCCCUUUGCAGGACAUCCUGUGGAACAUGGCAUUCUGGGAAAGUUUGUCAGAAGAAAGUGCUCUGCGUCUCCGCCCUCCCCUGUCCCCAUCCCGGUUCAUCAUUGCAUGGCUUUUCUACUUGUCUCUGUGAAAGCACUAGAAUUCAGUACCCAUCAAUAUGAAUUGAUACCCAUUAUCCCUGUUUGUGAAUGGCCCUGUGACUGAACUGCUGGGAUGCGACGAUGAAACGAUGAAACAGUGAAACCAGCGAACACUUUGGGGUUUGGGUGGAUUUGGCUUUUAUCAAAGAUUCAGUCCAGAUGGCCUUUUUUCUAGUGUGAGGUUCCGAGUUAAAAAAUGUUUGCUGCUUUCACGAUGCUUUAAAAUGACAACCUUUUUUUUACAUUAACUGAGCCUUCAAACAUAUCCAGUAUUAUUACAAAAACAUCAUAUACUCACAUACUUUUCUUUAUUUUUCUGGGGAAAUACACACUAUUAUUUACCCAAAGGAAUACUUGGUUGGACUUGGGGAAAUAGCUUGACAAGUGCACUUUGAGAAGUGGACAUCUAAGUGUUAAGUUUGGCUCUGUGUAGUCAAACAGAAGUCCAGAAAGAGGACCAGAGGACAUGGAGAUGAACACCAGAUGAAUAAAUGGACGGAUGCAUUAUUGGAACUUUGAAUGCAACUGUAAAAAAAAAAAAAAAAACAACAACCAAAAAACAGAAGGAAAGAAAUCUGUUUAAAAGUGAUUUAUUUAAAUUGUAAAGUGUUGUUUCAUUUCUCAUCUGCGGAUGAGACUGCACUACAUUGGCUGACAUGAGGAGAGAGAAGAGCACUCCCAUUAUUGUGAUUAUACAGCGUACUUUAGUUUUCAGUUUGUUCGAUGACAAACCGCCGCCAAGAAGAAGAAGGCGAAGAAGAAGGAGAAAGCCUGGACGGUCCUUCAGUCACACAUAACCACAACAUCAGACAGAUUUCUCUUCUCUGCUCUCCAGCUUGCUUGUAUAACAUUGUGUAUAUUGCCUUAUCUAAACAGAUGUUCAUAUGAAAUAUAUGGUGCAUUAGUAUGACA